AGAUUUACAACCCUACACGCAUGCGCCUAGGUAGCGAGGCUUGAACUGUUCUUGUUAGAGUAGUGUUGUCUCGGAAAGCGUACGGAAAGUAUUACUUUCUAGAGAGUAAAUAUGUCAACAAGUGACUUCUAUUUGAGAUAUUAUGUUGGACACAAGGGAAAGUUUGGACACGAGUUCCUCGAGUUUGAAUUCAGACCUGACGGUAAACUGAGGUAUGCAAACAACAGCAACUACAAGAAUGACGUCAUGAUCAGAAAAGAGGCGUACGUUCACAAAAGUGUGAUGGAGGAGCUAAAGAGGAUCAUUGAUGACAGUGAAAUCACUAAAGAAGAUGAUGCGCUGUGGCCGCCUCCUGACAGAGUUGGCAGACAGGAACUGGAAAUCGUCAUUGGAGAUGAGCACAUAUCAUUCACAACUUCCAAAAUUGGCUCCUUGAUUGAUGUCAACCAGUCAAAGGAUCCUGAAGGUCUUCGUGUGUUCUACUACUUGGUGCAGGAUCUGAAAUGUCUUGUAUUCAGUCUCAUUGGUCUACACUUCAAGAUCAAGCCCAUCUAAACUGGGAGUUAUGCUAAUUUUAAACGCUUUAGCUAAUGUGUCUGUUUUGAGCUACCACAUUUGUACAUUUGCUUUUGAUGGAUUUUUUUGUAUUUUAAAUAAAGGGUAGGAUACCAGUA